AUGGCCUCCCACGCAACGGAAGACUUCAGCUCCAAGUACACAAAUGCCAACUUAGCACCGGAUGCAGCCGCUUACAAUUCUACUAUAUUGUGUGGCCUUGUCCGGCAUCUCGAGGAUGUGGAUGGCGGCAGCAUCAGCGCAGCUGCACCUGGUAUCAUUGCUUCGAUGCUCUGUGCCCAGCGCCGCGGUGACGCUGUGCCUAAGUUGUUCCGGGAUCUUGCCAAGGGAAAGACGGUGGAAGACACCAAGGCUUUAUUCGCGUCUUUCAAACUAGCUCUCAACCUGACCUGGGCAUUUUCUGGGUUGCCCCAGUGCAUUCCAGCAUGCUUGGGCUUGGUUGGUGAACUUCGCGAGCUCGGCAUAAGUGGUCCGAGCCAGCUAGACAGGGCCCCUCUUACCGACCCAAGCUGGCUCGAGAAGGGCCAGGAGACCAACAGAGCGAUUUACCGUGCUGUAGGAAAUGCUGAGGUCGGGCAAAUGGUACAUGAGUUUUUCCCCGAGAUAUCAUACGUCGCAAACGUAGCCGUGUUUGGUUUCCUUAUCGGAGGUUCCGAGAUCACGCAGAAUCUUCCCCUCUGUGAGAUCACAGUUGCAGGAGCCAUCGCUGCGUUGGGGGCCACGAGACAGGCCAGAAGUCACCUCAAAGGUUCCAUGGGAUUGGGCAUUUCCGUAACGGCGGUGGAGGCUGUACUGCGGGCCGCGGAAUCCACCGCGGCAUGGAACGGCGGCAAACUUCCCGGGGCCAUCGAUGUGGCGGCUUUGGCGGAAGAGGUUAAAGCUAAUCUGAAGAAGCUGGACGGCGUGUAG